AUGGUGUCCAUGCGAAAUUUCGCCAUCGUCUUUCUGCCUCUGGCCUUUGGCAAACCUCACGUCCUGUUCGUCUUGGUGGACGAUUUGGGCUGGGCCAACGUGGGCUUCAACCGGGAUCCUCCCAUUCCCAAGUCCGUUGUGACGCCCAAUUUGGAUCGCUUGGCCGGUCAGGGCAUUCGUUUGAAGCGGCACUAUGUCCAUAAGAUGUGCACUCCAACACGGACCUCCGUUCAAUCCGGCCGCCUUCCGGUGCAUGUGAACACCGGCCUGGGGGAUGUCUGUGAUGAUGCGACCGGGAUUCCGUACAACAUGACUGGCCUAGCUGAAAAGAUGAAAUCGGCCGGAUACAAGACUCACUUUGCUGGGAAAUGGGAUGCUGGAAUGGCCACCCCGCGGCAUACACCGCAUGGCCGAGGAUAUGAUACGAGUCUCAACUACUUUUCGCACAAGAAUGAUUUCUACAGCCAGUCAAACAUGCAAACCUGCUGCGAGGGGGAUCGAUCAAUCAUCGACUUUUGGCGAACAAACAAAGGAGCAUCAGAUGUCAAUGGAUCUGACUACUCAGAGUUUCUCUACCAGACAGAACUUCUGAAUAUCAUUGAAUCCCAUAAUCCAGCUGAUCCACUGUUCCUCUUCUAUGCUCCGCAUGUGGCUCACUGCCCUCUCCAAGUACCCAAAGAGUACUAUGACAAGUUUGACUUCAUGACAGAUGACGAAGGCCUUUGCAGCAUCCAGACGGUGCAAGACGAGCAUCCAAUUGAUCCAAAUCACCUGGAUUUGAAAUACAGAUGCCGCAGGCAGCAUGCGGCCAUGAUCAUGAUCAUGGAUGAAGUCGUUGGGAACCUCACCAAUGCGUUGCAGAAGAAGGGCAUGUGGAACAACACCUUGAUGAUCUUCUCGUCCGACAACGGUGGGCCUGUGCGUCUGGCUGAAAAUGCGGCCAACAAUUGGCCCUUGCGCGGAGGCAAGUACAGCAACUUCGAAGGUGGCGUCAGGGUGGCCGCCUUUGUCUCGGGCGGCUUCAUCCCUGGCAAGCUGCGGGGAAGUUGCAAUGAAGGUCUUCUGCACAUCGCGGAUUGGUACGCCACCCUCUGCCGUCUGGUCGGCCUCGACCCGCGCGACCUCCGCGCCGCGUCGGCAGCGCUGCCGCCCAUCGACUCGCUGGACGUGUGGCCCAUGCUGACGGAGGGAGAGAAGUCCCCCAGGGAGGUGAUUCCACUGGGACCGGAUGCCUUGAUUUGGGGUACCUGGAAGUUGUUGACCGAAGCGCAGAGGCCCAGCUUCUGGCAGGGCCCCAGCUUCCCCAACCGCAGCUCCACCGCGUCAGAGUCCACCUGGGCCGCCUGCGCGGAGGGAUGUCUCUUCGAGUUGGAGCAAGACCCCACGGAGCAGCGGAAUUUGUACCGGGAAAGGCCGGACAUUGUGAGCAGAAUGAUCAAGAGAUUAGUGGUGCCCCCUGCAGAGGUAGACUGCUGGGACCGCGAGGAGUGGAGUGUCUUCCGCGAGGCGGCCAGGCGGCACAGCCAGCGAGGCUGGCCAGCUUCAGAUGUGCAGCUAGAGGCAAUGUCACGUUCGCUGGUCGACAAAUGGCGCUGGGUCGUGUGCAAAGAGGAUUGCCAGACGACCAACCACCUAUCUUGGUUCUUUGUCGAGGAUUGGGGAGCUCGCUGCAAUUCCAGCGCCAACUUUGACCGUUACCUCGUGACGCAUUACUUCAGGAACCGUGGCCUGGAAUAUGUGCAGAGACCACCGUCGGACUACUGCCACUUUGGUUUCAUCACCGCCCUGGUCCUGACAGCUCACUUCGAAUAUCCCAACUCGGUGGCACAAGCGGGUCGGCUUCUGUUUCUGGCCUAUGUGCUGCUGGGAGAUUUCCUGACUUUUGAUUGGUUAUACUCUUCCAGUUGGCCUGUCGACUCUCUGAUGAUUAUGCUCAACGUUCACAUGGUGUCUCAACGUUUGGUGGUGGGGCAGCAGUUGGACCUCCUCCGGCGCGCAGCACGGCGGCCAGGUGAGGAAGGCCCCCACUUCUUGAGAUCGCAAAGUCGAUGGUUUGGCACUUCCGAAGCUCUUAAGACACCAAGGCCCUCGGACGCUUCCCGUGGCCGCGGCCUGCGGGUCUGGCAGGUGGACGCGCAUACAGCGCUGGCCGGCGAGGCCAAAACCAUGUUGACACGCUUCGGUGAGACCAUUGGGGUGCGGGUGGAUUUUCUGGGCAACUCCCUGGCGGGCAAUGUGUGUCAAAACUAUGACCUUUGCCUCAGUCCAGAAGAUAAGGAGCUCAUACAGCAAUUGCUGGAUCAAUAUUACCAAGACAAGCAGGCGCUGGCCAAAGCUCCUGAUGUGAGAUUCCAAUCCAUUGAUGCCAAGCUCUCCAAUGCCUUGAGGAAAGUCAUUGACAAUGCUGGGGACAAGUCCAUGCAAGUGAAGUAUGACAUGUCCAUGAAGAACCAAUUGUAUGGGAGAAGUGGGGACUUCAUCAAGGGACGAGAACUAUUUGCAAUGAUAUUGAUUAGCUUCAAGUCACCUGACCACACUGAAGUUCUCUACAAUGCCCAUCAUUUGUAUAUGUUCAACUACUAUGGAGAUGACCAACUUGAGGCCUUCUACAACAAGUGGCUUGACAUCGUAUACAAUAUGAAACAUGAUGAUCUGCCUUCCAACAAUUCCCUGCGUGACACAUUGUUCCGGAAGAUUGAACAUUCAAAACUUAUGGCCUUCGAUAUCAACCGAUACAAAACCUUUGAUGAAGGGCAUCAUGAGAAGACCUAUGCUUACCUAACUGGUAUGAUCAAGGGAUACAUAGCACGAGGGAAGCAAGAACGACUGUUGAAAGAUAGAGAACGUGCAGUGAAACUGUCAUUGUCCUCUAACAAGACGACACCUGCCUUAGAAGAUGCAGACAAGCCUGCCGCUCCCGUCAAGACCAAGAAGGAGAAUGAAGCGGCUGCAUCGUCUACAGGUGAUCCUCCCAAACGUCCUAAGGCGAAAGCGAAGAGUGAAGCUGCAUCGGUACUUCCUACACCUUCUCCGAAAUCCCAUGCCGACAAGAACAACAAGAAAGGCAAAGGUGGGAAGGGAAGAUCAUCUUCACCCGUUGACAAGAAGAAGAUUUUCUGUAACUACUUCUUCAAUAAAGGAGGAUGCAACAAAGGUGACAAAUGUCUUUACAGUCAUUCUCAGAAGGUCUAUGAUGCCAAGAUGAAAGGAGAAGAAGAAGAAGAACCACCUGAGGGCGGCGAGUACGAACCAGGAACUCCGAUUGACGAUAUCUUCGACAAAGACAAAGAUCCAGAAGAGAUGUCCAUGUACAGGCGGUUCACCAUGGAACCGAAUCAAACGAUGGGUGAGCGAAGCAACAACACAACUCAUCGAAGCAAAGAAGCAGAUCUUCUGGGCGAUGUGGGAAGUGUUUGCAUCAGUGCUAAGUGA